AUGACACGACCUAGAUAUAUGUUGUUGGCAGUGAUUGCUUUGUUUAUGAGCAAUGUCCAAGCAAGCCAGAAACCACUCUCUGAAUAUUCUUGUACUCACCCGCCAUACAAAGUACACAUCUUCUCGAAGAACCCUCUGGUUAUCUAUAUCCCCAACUUCCUGACAGCUGAGGAGCGCGACCAUCUUCAAGAAAUCACCAAAGGCACAUUCACAAACUCUGCGGUAGCAGAUGAAUCUGGAGAACAGGGCCUUCGCCAAACUCGAACAUCCCAAUCCACGAGCGUCAUCCGCGACACCACCGUCCGCUGUAUCGAAACUCGAGCGCUCGAGUUCCAAGGCUUCGAUACCCCUCGGUCACAUCUCGAGCCCCUCCAACUGGUACAAUACGGCAAUGGCGAGAACUACCACCUGCAUACGGACUGGUUCGAAGCACCAUCUCGAAUGACUCCUGAAGUUGGCGGAAAUCGUCUCUCGUCAUUCUUCGUUUAUGUUGCUGCGAACAACCUCACUGGUGGCGGCACGAACUUUCCUAUAUUGAAUGCACCGUAUGACAAGCGGUGGUGCGAGUUUGUGGAUUGUGAUGAGCAGUGGGAGAGUGGGGUAACGUUUAGACCUGUGCCGGGGAAUGCGGUAUUCUGGCAGAACUUACAUGAGGAUGGCAGUGGAAACCCAGCGACCAUUCAUGCGGGCUUGCCAGUGACAAGCGGAUCGAAAUUGGGAAUGAAUAUCUGGACUCGGCAGGGGCCGUUGGAUGAAAAGUUCAGAGGAUUUGAUGAGUACGAUGAUAAUGAAUAA